AUGUCAGAGCAGAUGCCAGACAAGGCUGGGGCUGCCAGGGCCCUGGAAGACAUCUGUCGGGAUUAUCAGUCAUCGCUGGAAGACCUGACCUUCAACAGCAAACCCCACAUCAAUAUGCUGACCAUUGUAGCUGAGGAGAACCUGCCCUUUGCAAAGGAGAUCAUCUGUCUCAUUGAGGCCCAAACAGCCAAGGCUCCUUCCUCAGAGAAGCUUCCUCUUUUAUACCUCAUGGAUUCUAUUGUGAAAAAUGUUGGAAGAGAGUAUCUCACUGCCUUUACUAAAGAUCUAGUUGCAACAUUUAUUUGUGUGUUUGAAAAGGUGGAUAAAAAUACUAGAAAAAGUUUAUUUAAAUUACGUUCCACAUGGGAUGAAAUAUUUCCAGGGAAGAAACUUUAUGCCUUGGAUGUCAGAGUCAAUGCAUUAGAUCCUGCUUGGCCUAUUAAACCUCUGCCCCCUGAUGUAAAGACAUCUAGCAUCCACAUGAAUCUCAAAUUUUUAAAUAAAUCACCUGAGGAGCGUUCAGCAGCUGAGACAGUGCUCAGCUCCCCUAGUAUCUCCACUCCUCUGAUUGAACCCAACAUACAAAAGAAUCUUACUCAAGAACACUUAAUAAGGCAAGAGGUUCUUGAAAAACAAAAACAGUUGUUAGAACUUCAGCAGAAGAAGCAGGAGCUUGAGUUGGAAGAAGCUAAGGCACAACUGGCAGUAUCUCUCAGUGUUCAGCAGGAGACAGCCAACUUGGGUCCUGUAACAGCAUCAUGUGAGUUACAUGUUUCACAAAUUCCCACCAUGGCCAUUAAAAUUCCCCAUCAGGUUCCCGUGAAACCUGACAAAAGCCGACCAGGUCCAUCCUUACAAAUUCAAGACUUGAAAGGAAUUACACGGGAUCCCCAUCUGAACAGGAGGAGCCAAGAUUCUUCCCAUGGAAAAGAGCAGAGUCAUAGGAAGCAAUUUGCAAUGAACACAGUAAACCAGUCUGAUAGUAAAACAAGGAAAACUGUACCCUCUGAAAAACUAAAUUCAUCCAAGCAAGCAAAAAGUGAGUCAAGUGAAAGAAUAACCAAGAAUGAACUUGACCAGUUAGAUUCUAAAUCUACAUCUAAAUCACAAUCACCUUUGAAAAACAAAUCAUCCCACAAAAAAGACUUGAAAAAUCAAGAAUGGGAAAGGAUGAGGGUGUGUGGUAAGAACAAGAGAGAGCUAAGAAUAAAGUAUCUUCAGGAUAGAACUGAGGGCAAAAAAGAUGUAAAAGAAAAGAGAAAAACUGCCGAGAAGAUGGGUAAAGAUGAGCACAUGGAAUCAUCUGAACACAGGCUGAUUGGAAGUAGAAGUCAAAUCAUAAAUGGCAUUGUGAACAAACAGGACAUGUUUACAGAAGAACUGGAAAAACAGGGGCCAAAAGCAGGGAGAACAAGGUCUCGAAAGAGAUCAAGAUCAAGGUCACCUAGGUCUCAGUCACCCAAUGGAAGGCAAAGAAGUAUGUUUCCAAAUUUGGCCCCCAAAACUAGAAAGAUGCAUGAGUCAGGACUUAAACAGUCACCUAGGGAAGAGUUCCCAGCACCUUCUAGGUAAGAAAGAAUUGUUAAGAGAAGUACUAAGCAGGAUGGUCAAGAUUCCAGACAGCUGAAAAAGAUGGAUGAACAUUGGCCAAAAGAAACUGCAAGUCCACCUUCUAUGAAGUCAGAUGCUGAAUCAAAAGAGAAUAAAGAGAACUGGCAAAGCUCCAAGUCUGCUAAAAGAUGGAAAUCUAGCUGGGAAGAAAAUAAAAGCAUCCACCUGUGUGAUGAACAUAGUAAAGCACCUCAUCUAAGGCAUAGGGAGAGCUGGUCAAGCACAAAAGGAAUCUUGUCACCUCGAACCCGAAAACAGCACCAUUGACCAAGUGGACAUGCCAGUCUUCAAAUUCCUAAAGAGUUAACCAUUGCAAGCAAAACUGAAUUCCUUCAAAAGUUGAGUGAACGUUCAGCUUCUGGUGACAUUUCACAAGACAAGUUCCUUGGUGUUGUGCAUCAAAUUCCACAGCUCUUUCAUUAUCAAGAAGGUGGAAGAGAGGAGCAGAGAUCUCCCUUCAAUGAUUGUUUUCCAUUUAAGCGACCUAGAUAUGAAGAUUCAGAUAAACCGUUUGUAGAUGGCCCAGCAUCAAGAUUUGCUGGCCUUAAUACAAAUCAGCGGCUUACACCUUUAGCUGAAGACCGACCAUUAUUAGAUGGACCUGGUAGGCCAUGUGAGAUGAGAGAGGUCCCACCCAAGAUGAUUAUAGAAGGACCUAAUAAAUUAAGCCAUAGAAUGGAUGGAUCCCCUUCAGCAGGUUCUCUUGGGUUUGAGGGAUCACAAAGACAAAGCAGGGGAGGAGGCCCUAUGAAAUUCAAAGGACCACAAUGUCAGUUAGAAGGUGGGUGCCCUUUGAGAUUUGAAGUUCCUCCAGGCCAAGUAAGAAUACCUCUGAGAUAUGAAGGAAAAAUUCUUGAAGGAGGAGGAAGAGGAGGAGGCAGUUUUCAAUUUGAAGGUUCUCCUAGUGUGAGUUUGGAGGGAUCUAAAGGUGGUUUGGGACAUUAAGGACCUGGGGGUCAGCCUUUGGGCGUUCUGAGGUCUGAAGGCCCUCAUGGACAUCCUGUGGGCAGUCUUAGAUUUGAUAAUCCUCGAUGCCAGCCUAUAGGUGGGCUCAGGUUUAAGGGGGGUCAUCAUCGACCAGGGGCAGCAAUUAGGUUUGAUGGGCCUCAUGGUCAGCCAGGUGGUGCUAUGAGAUUUGAGGGCCCUUUGCCACAGCAAGGAGUUGGAAUGAGGUUUGAGGGUCCCCAUGGUCAGGCUGUGGCUGGUGUGAGAUUGGAAGGACAUAAUCAGCUAGGUGGGAACCUUAUGUCUGAGGGACCACAUGGCCAACCAGGGUUUGGCAGAAGGUUGGAAGGACCUUUAGUACAACAGGGAGGUGGAAUGAGGUUUGGGGGUCCUGUGCUAGGAAUUGGCCUGAGAACUGAAGCACCUGUGGGUCAAGGGGGUCCACGAUUUCAAGGUGGUCACUCUGUAAGGUUUGAUGGACAGCCAGGUCAGUCAUCACUUUUGCCAGGAUUUGAUGGAACACACAGCCUGCCAGGUCCUAGAUUUGAAAGAGCUGGUCAGCCAUGUCCACAGAGACUUCCUGGGCCACCUGGUCAACAGGUUCAACUGAGAUUUGAUAGUGUAACUCAAAGAUUUGACGGGCCACAACAGCAGCAAGCAUCAAGAUCUGAUAUUCCUCUUGGUGUGCAAGGUACCAGAUUUGACAAUCAUCCUUCCCAAAGGAUUGAGUCUUUCUAUCAGACUGGCCCAUAUAAUGACCCACCUGACAAUGCUUUGAAUAUUCCAGUUCAAGGACUACAGUUCCAAAGAAAUGAACAAAUAUUUGACACACCACAAGGUCCAAAUUUUAAUGGACCUCAUGGCCCUGGAAACCAGAAUUUCCCAAAGGCCCUUAACACAGCUUUAGGACAAUAUUUUGAUGAAAAGAAUCUUCAGAGUUCUCAGUUGGGAAACUUGGGCAAUUUACCUAGUCCAGUAUCAGUAGGAGCUCUUCAGACAUCACAACAGGUUCUGACUGGUGUAUCUCAGCCAGUAGUAUUUGGUCAAGGACAACAGUUUUUACCAAUUCAUCCACAGAAUGCUGGAGCUUUUAAUCAAAAUCCUUCAGGAGGUCUUCCUAAGGCAUAUCCUGAUCAUCAUCUCAGUGAGGUGGAUGUAAAGGAAUUGUUUGCAAAACUGGUAAAAUCGGGAAUUCUCAAAUUGUCCCAGCCUGACUCAACUGCAACACAGGAAAAGAAGGCCGAUGCUCAGCCUCCCCCUGAAGAGGUGAAGGAUCAGAAUAAAGAUCAAGAUGUUCCAGAUCUUACAAAUUUUACAACUGGAGAGUUGAAACAAUGUUAUGACAGUGUUAUAAACUGGCUGUACACUGGGAUUCAGUGUAAUUUUUGUGGAAUGAGGUUUAUGACAUCCCAGAGAGAUGUUUAUGCAGAUCAUUUGGACUGGCAUUAUCGGCAAAAUACAACUGAGAAAUAUGUAAGCAGAAGGGCCACUCAUAGAUGUUGGUACUACAGUUUAACAGACUGGAUUCAAUUUGAAGAAAUACAUGAUCUGGAAAAACGGUCAAAAAGCCAGUUGUUUGAAAAGGUUCAUGAAGAGGUUGUCGUCAAAUCUCAGGAGGCUUCUAAAGAAAAGGAGUUCCAAAGGGUCCCUGCUGGACCAGCUGGAGCUCUUGAGAGUUGUGAAAUUUGUCAAGAACAAUUUGAACAGUCCUGGGAUAAAGAGGAGGAGAAAUGGCACUUAAAAAAUGCUAUUGGAGUAGACGGAAAGAUUUACCAUCCAUCAUGUUAUGCGGAUUACCAAAAUACAUCUUUUGAUUGUACACCAUCUGCCACCAAGACUUCAGUUGAAAACCCUUGGAACAUUAUGGUGAACAUUGUCAAAAACGAAUUGAAAGAACCCUGUGAAAGUCCCAAAAUUAAGCAAGAGCAUAUUGAUGACCCACCAGCCUGUUCAGAAGAAAGUGUGGCAGCACCAACUGACAUUAAAACAGGAAAUGAUACAGUUGAGUCAAUUUAA